AUGCAGGUGUUGCGACAUGAAACCUUAUUCGACACAGCUGACGCCAAACCUGUCAACGUGACUGCAGUGGUGAAAUCGAUCCUCAGUCAGACAGAGGCGACGGAUGAGUCUAAGAACCUUAUCCGAUACCAAGUGUCGUCUCUCCUCAUGGCUCACAGGCCGCGCAAAGUGCUGUCCAAGUUUGAACGUGACGCAAUAAAGGAACCUAAGGCCGACAAAGACCUCGUUGUCGUCCCUACGGACAAGGGACUUUCGACGGUUGUUUUGGACUGGACUGACUACUGUCAGAAGGUCAAACGGUUACUAGGGGACCGUCAGGCCUAUCCCCCUUGCACAACCAACCCCGUAAAAACACCGACACGAGAAAUCAGUACAAUGCGUUUCGCAUUAGAAAACUCCGGCCCAACAUCACCGGUUGACCGACGCAUGACGGAAGCCCAGGACACGAUCUUGGCCCGCUUCUAUGGCCUUCCCAAUGUGCACUAA